AAGAGAUCGACUGUAAGAAAAAACAAAAAUCCAAAAUUGUAGAGAUAAGAGGACGACUUGCAGAGAGACAUGGUGUUCCGAGGCGACACGGUGAUGUCCGUAGCGCACCUAUCGGCGGAUAUAUUUCAGCGGUUACGGUGGAUUCCGGCGUCGGAUAGAAUCAGAAGCGGCGAGAUGUUGCAGCUCGUUUGCUGUUUUCCGCUUCAGCAAUUGGGUCGAUUCGUGUUAUGGUUCUGGAAUUAUAUCUGUGUUGCCCCACCAGAACCUGAUGAUGAUAGUUGGGAUGACGAUUCAUCAUCGUCGUCGUCUUCUUCUUCUUCUUCGAUUGUUAAUCAUCAGAAUUACUAUCAUCUUCAUUUAGAGUGACGAAAUUAUCUGUGAUGGGAGGAUGUUUAUAUAAUUUGUUCUGUAUUCAAAGAAUCGGUUUUGAUCUAAGAAUAUGAUUAGUUAGUUAAGCGUGUUUAAUCUAGCUUUUGAUUGACAUAUAGAUUAUAAUGAAAUUCCA